GUCUCUUUGUUAUGAGAUUCGGUCCAGAGGCUGCAGCAGUAACGAGACGUUAUGGGCGCAUCGAAUUUGGGCCUUGCCGUUGUUUUUGUAACGUUUUUUAGUGGAAUUUUGGCUUCUGCUGAGAAAGUACCUUUGGGUGCAAUUUUUGAACAAGGUACUGAUGAUGUACAAACAGCAUUCAAAUUUGCUAUGCUUCAGCAUAAUCAAAAUAUUUCGAGCAGAAAAUUUGAAUUCCAAGCUUAUGUUGAUGUUAUUAAUACUGCAGACGCGUUCAAAUUAUCCAGAUUAAUAUGUACACAAUUUUCAAGAGGAGUUUAUUCUAUGUUAGGAGCCGUGUCUCCCGAUUCAUUCGACACUCUACAUUCCUAUAGUAAUACGUUCCAGAUGCCCUUUGUAACUCCUUGGUUUCCCGAAAAAGUUUUAGCCCCAUCAUCAGGAUUCAUGGAUUAUGCUAUUUCUAUGAGACCUGAAUACCAUAAGGCUAUAAUUGAUACCGUUAAAUAUUAUGGAUGGAGACAGAUAAUAUAUUUGUACGACUCUAAUGAUGGUUUACUCAGACUUCAACAAAUUUACCAAGGCCUAACACCAGGUAGUGAAAUUUUUCAAGUGACUACAGUUAGAAGAAUUAAUAACGUGAGUGAAGCUUUAUCGUUCCUAAGAGGAAUAGAAGAACAUUCUAGAUGGACCAAUAAAUACGUAGUUUUGGAUUGUUCAACGGAUACAGCAAAAGAAAUCGUAGUUAACCAUGUCAGAGACAUUUCGUUAGGAAGAAGGAAUUAUCAUUAUCUGUUAUCAGGAUUGGUUAUGGACGAAAGAUGGGAAAGCGAAGUUGUGGAAUACGGAGCGAUCAACAUAACAGGAUUCAGAAUAGUAGACAGUUUCAAGCCUUACGUUAAAGAAUUUCUAGAAGGUUGGAAACGUCUUGAUCCUAGCCAAUCACCGGGAGCAGGAAAAGACAGUAUAUCAGCUCAAGCUGCAUUAAUGUACGAUGCAGUAUUUGUUCUUGUCGAGGCAUUCAAUAAGGUGCUGAGAAAAAAACCGGAUUUGUUCAGGAGUAAUGUUCGUAGGGGAUUAAAUUAUAAUGGUACUACCAAAGCUUUGGAUUGUAACGUAAAUGGUAAUUGGGUGACGCCUUGGGAACAUGGUGAUAAGAUUUCGAGAUUCUUGAGAAAGGUGGAAAUUGGUGGUUUGACAGGCGAAAUCCGUUUCAGCGAAGAGGGGCGUAGGCAAAACUACACAUUACAUGUGGUGGAGAUGACUGUAAAUAGCGCCAUGGUUAAAGUAGCAGAAUGGAGUGAUCAGACGGGCUUUAGUCCUGUGGCAGCUAAAUAUGUUAGAUUGAAAGCUAAUGCCCAUAUCGAACGAAAUAAAACCUACAUCGUCACGACUAUAUUGGAAGAGCCGUAUAUUAUGAGAAAAAUACCCGAAUUGGGUGAAACACUUUCCGGAAACGAUCAAUUCGAAGGAUAUUGCAAAGAUCUUGCCAAUCUCAUAACUCAAAAAUUGGGUAUCAAUUAUGAAUUAAGAAUAGUGAAAGAUGGUAAAUACGGAUCUGAAAAUCACGAAGUAAAAGGAGGCUGGGAUGGAAUGGUUGGCGAACUAGUUAGACAGGAAGCUGAUAUGGCAAUAGCUCCAAUGACUAUAACAUCUGAACGCGAACGUGUCAUCGACUUCAGCAAACCUUUCAUGUCUUUGGGCAUAUCGAUAAUGAUUAAAAAACCGAUGAAACAAAAACCUGGAGUGUGGAGCUUCUUGAAUCCACUUUCGAAAGAAAUUUGGGUCAGUGUUUUGUUUGCUUACGUCGGUGUCAGUAUAGUUCUAUUCGUGGUAUCUAGAUUUUCUCCGUACGAAUGGAGAUUACUCCAUUUAACAGGAGAGCACAGAGAACCUGCAAAUUCCCAUACAAACCACGGAGGUACAAUGGCCAACGAUUUUACAAUACUAAACUCGCUAUGGUUUGCUCUAGCAGCAUUUAUGCAACAAGGAGGAGAGUUAUCACCAAGAUCGUUAUCAGGAAGAAUCGUCGGAGCUUGUUGGUGGUUUUUCACGUUGAUUUUAAUAUCGAGUUAUACUGCCAAUUUAGCAGCAUUCUUAACGGUUGAAAGAAUGGUUACUCCAAUAAAUUCUCCGGAAGAUUUAGCUUCUCAAACAGAAGUGGAAUAUGGAACGUUGUACCAUGGCGCCACAUGGGAUUUCUUUAGGAGAUCUCAGUUAACGCUCUACUCAAAAAUGUGGGAGUUUAUGAACAGCAGGAAACACGUCUUCGUGACUUCCUACGACGAAGGCAUCAAAAGAGUACGUAACUCGAAAGGAAAGUUUGCUCUACUCAUCGAAUCACCUAAAAAUGAUUACACCAAUGAGAGAGAACCGUGCGAUACUAUGAAAGUUGGAAGAAACCUCGACGCCAAAGGAUUCGGAGUUGCUACACCAUUAGGCUCACCAUUACGUGAUGCUGUCAAUUUAGCAGUGCUAUCUCUCAAAGAAGAUGGAGAAUUGACAAAACUGAAGAACAAAUGGUGGUAUGACAGAACUGAAUGUCUUAGAGACAAGCAGGAUACUUCUAGAAGCGAAUUAUCUCUUAGUAAUGUAGCGGGGAUAUUCUACAUCCUGAUAGCAGGACUUUUUAUCGCGAUGAUUGUAGCAUUUAUGGAAUUUUGCUAUAAAUCUCAUUCCGAAGCUAAAAGAGCAAAAAUUCCUCUAGGAGAUGCUAUGAAAGCAAAAGCAAGGUUAACGAUAGGCGUCAAUAGGGAUUUUGAUAACGGAAGGUACUACACUCCAGCCAAUCAAAUAGCAGGAGGUAACGAACAAGAACAGCCUCACACCAAUACCCAUACACAAGUCUGAAUUAACGUUUAUUGAUGGUAAAUUAUUUUUUCUAUAUAGAUAUGCAUUUGUUAUUGAUAGUUUUAGUAUUAUUACGUCAAAGAUAACAAUACAUAAAUAUAUGGCGCAGCUAGUAGGAUUUGCAGAAAGUAAUUCCAAUUUUUUGAAAAAAUCGGUAAUCUUAUUUCAAAAUUGAUAUCAUAAUAUGAAAAUAAAGUUUGUACAGGAAAGUUUUUAGGCUAACGUAAUGAAUAUGUUUUUUAUUUGGACGUAUCACAUCAUUUUUUCAAAUCAAGUCAAGUCAACCGUGAAAAUUUCUCUUUGACGUAAUAAAAAUUAAUAUUAAAUUAAUCAAAAGGUGUUUGUACAGUCGAAUUAAAAUUUUAUUCUACUUUUUAAAUUAUAUUAUCGAUUUAUGUUGGAAUUUUUUUAUUCUAAUAUCAAAAAACAUUCUAAAAAAUCAAAAAAAUUCUAGCUGGGGAAAAUAAUUUCUGUAGUUUAUAGAAUUGAUACUUAGUGGAAUAUGUUGUGCAGAUAAUAAUGAGGAAUUUUCUGUUUCUGUUACAACAAAUGAAAAAGUUGCAGGCAGAUUUAACAAAUCAAACAUUCAAUAAUCGUUUAAUCUGUGAAGAGCUGCAAGAAGUGAUUACCUAGAUUUUUACAAAAGUUGUAGGUGAAUAUGGAACAUGAAAAUAAUAAUUUGAACAUUCAGCUUUCUUUUUGUUGAAUCCUGUUUAAAAUAUACGAUAGAAGCGAUAAAAAUCGUGAUACAUUAUAAAACUUGAGCCUUACGAUAAAUGUAUAUCAUCAUUUUUUGAGUUGGCGGAAUAUAUUCCAUAUAUCCCGAAUAAAAAACCUCGUUUGGAGGAAAUUUCUUUCCAUAUACUUGUCGUAUAACAUACCGUUCGGUUUUUUUUUCAAACAUUUUGUUUUGGUCACGUAUUGUGGCUCAGUAGUCACUUCGAGUUUAUUUAUUUUACCAUUCGAGUUUUUGAACAAAUUGAUUCAAUAAAACCUUAAAAUAAAAGUUUAUUUCCAUAAAUUUCUGGUGAUUUUUAUAUAACGGGAACAUAGAUGGAAAUUACUAAAGAAGAAACGAGUAGGUAGAACAGAUUUGAAUAAAAGGAAACUCAUGCUCUAACAUAUAAAAAAACUCUUGAGUUAUAUUUUUUAAAAUAUAACCAACCAGGAAUCUGUUCUAUUCUAUUCGUUCUGUAUAUAGGAAUUUUCUUUUGCUAGAAGUGUAGAUAGGUAGAGGACGAUUUAGAAUCAAUGUCGAGGUUUUAUUGAUUUUCUCGAAUUGAGUGGGAGAUCGAUAACAAAUUAAUUUCUUCAAAAGCUCGAAAUUAGAAUAAAUAAAUCCUAAGUGACUACUUUGAAGGGAAAAGUAAUGAGUCGAAUGGUAUGUGAGAGUCGAAAGUAAGGACUUUCAUCCCUAAUAGCAGGGAUGAAAACAUUUAUUCCCCGUGAAGGAGCUGGAGCAGAUUAUUAACAGUAUUAUUAGAACAAUUUUUGGAGAAAUAUCUCCAUGUUUUGAACAAAACUUCAUCCUCACGGAUUUUUGGUCAUUGGAGUGAAUAUAUGAUAAUAGAUACAUGACUAACAUAGUACUUUCUAGUUUCUGCAUAUAGGGUGUUUCUAUAUUCGACCGACAACCCUCUACCAUAGAGAAUCUCAAUAGAUGAUUCAUUUUGAUAUAGAGUAAAUUUUUCUCUCAAAUUUGGUGAACAAUAUAUUCCUCAAUGAGGUAAUAUUUUGACUUAAACAUACUUUGGAAAAAUUUAGCCAGUGGUGCGCUGUCAGGGUUAGUUGUCACUUUAAACCGCCUAUUUUUUACGCCACUGAAGCAACUAGGCCCCGUAAGGGUUCGUAUUCCUAUGUCAAAAUGAAUCAUUUAUUGAGAUCUCUUUGUGGUAGAGCGUUGUCGAUCGAAUAUAGGAACACCCUGUAUAAUCCACUGUCUUUAUAUAGAGAUUUAACUUUGUAACCUUGUAUUUAAAUAAAUCAUGUCCACACUUCGUGGAUUGUUUAACAUUUAAUCUUGAAAAAUGAUAGAUAAUUGUUGUCUAACCAAUUUCCCGACAAGUCUAGUGAUUCAACAUUAGUGUCUUCAUCACUAUUGGAAGGUAUUGCGAAAAUUAUACGACCGAAAUAAUUCUUUGUCUUUUUGUCGAUUAAUCUGUGUUCUGUUCUGUUUUUUUUAUCACACUGGUGCUAGUUAUGUUUUUAAUGUAAGUACUUUUUGAAAUAUAUUAAUAUUCACUCGUCAAUUUACUAAAACUCAGUUAAAAAAUGAUGAGUUUUGUUUUAUUGUAUGAACAUUCGAUAUUUGUCGCCUAUUUUCGAGUCAGAGAACUAAAAAUAGUGACAAAAUUGGAAUUAUGUACGCGAAAUCAAUCAAAAAUAAUCAAAAUGAAAAUAUCAAACAUAUCCAAACGGUUUUACGUUAACUGUUUUCGACUGCACAUCACCCUAGUGGGCUAUUAAAUUUUAAUCUUUUAUGGAUAAUAUUUUACAUGUAACGUUUCUACCUGGAUACGUAGUAAAUGUUUGUUUGUUGUA